UCCAACCUGUCUCUCUCUUCUUUCUUUCUCUUUCUCUCUCACUGUUGUUGAGUAUUAUUCUCUCUGCAAUUUCAUCACUUCUUUAAUUUUUAAUUUUUAUUUUUCGCUCCGAAUUUCGCUUCCAAAAGCAACGCUAUGCUUUUUCUCAGCUCGUGAUUUCGAUCAAUUGUUCAGAGCUGAGUAGAAAGUAUCAUUUUUUGGUGCAUUGGAUUUCAAGGCUGUAUUAUUGGAUAGAAGUUUGGAAACUCAAGUGGAGUUUGAAAGUUUAAAAGAUCAGGGGAAUAUCUAUGCUCAAUCUACCUGUUACAUAGAGCUUGUGAACUGCUUUGAGAAUAUUUGGAAUAUCAGUCAGGCCUGGCUCUGUGGAGCUAUAGAUUCCAGUCACCAAGAAGGAGGUGCCCCCUAUGGCACCUUCUCGGGUGGCUGGAGGAUUGACCCAAUCAUCAUCAAGUUCUGGAAUUUUUUUUCAAGGAGAUGCACAAUCACAUAGUAUAGUUAACUCUCCGUUAAACUCGCCAUUCAUUAACUCAUCUAAUGCGGUUCCUGGAACUGGUCUUCCAAACCUGGGUCCAGUGUCAGGGGAUAUGAACAAUACAAUUUUGAACAGUGCGGCAAACUCAGCACCAAGUAUUGGACCUAGCUCUUUACUCACAGAUGCAAAUUCAGCAUUCACUGGUGGGCUCCAUUUGCCGAGAAGUGCAAGCAUUAACACAGACUCAUACUUACGGUUACCUGCUUCACCCAUGUCAUUUACAUCAAAUAAUGUUAGUAUUUCAGGGUCAUCAGUUAUGGAUGGUUCGAAUGUAGUACAACAGAGCUCUCACCAAGAUCAGAAUGCUCAACCAUUGCAGCAGAAUCAGCAGCAAGGAGCUUCUACUGUUAUGUCUACACCUGUGUCUCAAAUUGGUCCUUCCCCACUUCAAAUGGGUGCACAAAUACCUGGAUCUUUCAUGCAAGAUCCAAAUAAUUUAUCUCAGCUGUCCAAAAAACCUAGGCUGGAUAUCAAGCAGGAGGAUAUAAUGCAACAGCAGGUGAUACAGCAGCUUCUUCAGAGACAGGACCCCAUGCAAUUCCAGGGUCGUAAUCCACAGAUACAGGCUUUGAUGCAACAGCAGCAAAGACUGAGGCAACAGCACAUCCUUCAGUCAAUGCCACAGUUACAGCGAGCACACUUACAACAACAGCAGCAGCAACAGCAACAAAUGCACUUGAGGCAGCAGCAAUUACAGCAACAAUCAAUGCAACCCAUAUCUGCGGUGAAGCGUCCGUAUGACAGUAGCGUUAAUGGUGUAUGUGCUCGAAGAUUAAUGCAAUACCUCUAUCAUCAAAGGCAACGACCAAUUGAAAACACUAUUGCUUAUUGGAGAAAAUUUGUGGCCGAGUAUUACUCUCCUCGAGCAAGGGAACGGUGGUGCUUGUCUUUGUAUAAUAAUGUUGGGCAUCAUGCACUAGGUGUUUUCCCUCAGGCAUCUAUGGAUGCGUGGCAGUGUGACAUAUGUGGUUCUAAAUCUGGAAGGGGAUUUGAGGCAACUUUUGAAGUGCUCCCUAGACUUAGUGACAUCAAAUUUGGCAGUGGAGUUAUCGAUGAACUUUUAUUUUUGGAUUUGCCACGCGAACAAAGAUUUCCUUCUGGUUUAAUGAUGUUAGAAUAUGCAAAAGCGGUUCAAGAGAGUGUAUAUGAGCAGCUUCGUGUUGUUCGUGAAGGUCACCUCCGUAUUAUAUUUACACAAGACCUGAAGAUAUUAUCUUGGGAGUUCUGUGCAAAGCGCCAUGAAGAACUUCUUCCUAGAAGGUUGGUUGCACCACAGGUAAAUCAGUUGGUUCAAGUAGCUCAAAAAUGCCAGAGUACAGUUGCUGAAAGUGGUCCAGAUGGGGUUUCUCAGCAAGAUCUUCAAACAAACAGUAAUAUGGUAUUGGCUGCUGGGCGUCAACUUGCAAAGAGUCUCGAGUUGCAAUCAGUAAAUGACUUGGGUUUUUCCAAAAGAUAUGUAAGAUGUUUGCAGAUUUCCGAGGUUGUCAAUUCCAUGAAAGAUCUAAUGGAUAUCUGUCGGGAGCACAAAAUUGGGCCAAUGGAGAGCUUGAAAAGUUAUCCUCGUUUUGCAACCCCGGCCAAGCUUGAGAAGCAAAAAAUUCAUGAGAUGGAACAACUAGCAAAUGCUCAAGGUCUGCCAACCGAUCGAAACACACUCAACAAACUGAUGGCACUGAAUCCUGGUCUGAACAACCCAAUAAACAAUAAUCUUAAUAUGGGGAAUCGCGGUGCUUUGAGUGGGUCAGCACAAGCUGCUCUCACAAUGUCUAACUACCAGAAUCUUCUCAUUAGGCAAAACUCAAUGAAUUCAAGCCCUGGCUCAAUUCAGCGAGAAGGAUCGUCAUCUUUCAACAAUGCGAACCAGAGUCCCUCUUCAGCUAUGCAAGGUGCUGCUGCCGCUGCUUUUAUUCCAGGCUCAAUGCAGAAUUCAACCGGUUUCCCAAGUCCCCAUCUACCCCCACAGCAGCGGCAGCAACACCUACAGCGUUCAGCAAGUGCGAAUGGUUUACUGCAACAAAACCAUUCACAGGGAUCCCAAGGAAAUCAAGCUCUACAGCAGCAGAUGAUCCAGCAACUGCUGAUGUCAAAUAACAAUGGGGGAGUGCAAUCACAAUCUCUUAGUGGACCCAAUGCAAAUGGGAGCAUAGCAAAGAAUGGGUUGAGUUUCGGAGGCCACUCUCCUACUCCUUCCAUAACUGGAGGAUCUAUCAAUGUUUCAGGAAACAACGGCCCUGUUUCAAGGAGUAAUAGCUUCAAAGUGGCCUCAAACAGUGAUUCUUCUGCAGCCGGUGGCAACAAUGGUAUCAACCAGAGAACGCCAGAUAUGCCGCAAAAUAUCCUUUUGCAAGAUGUGGUUCCGGAUAUUGUCGGUGAUUUCACCGAUAGUCCCUUCUUCAAUAGUGAUCUAGAUGAUAACAUGGGUUUUGGCUGGAAGGCAUAACCAACACAAAAUGGCUUAUCAAGUACUCUUGUUAUAAUUAUUGUACAGAAAACUUUUUUAAAUAGCUGAUGCUCCCUUUUCUUGGUGGAAUUUGUUGUGACUUGACUAGGUCUUUAGAGAUUCUAUCUGAGGGUUUUUGUCUUGCCUGCAAGUGUAAUCUAUUAGACAAUUUAAUCAACAGUUUUAGCUCU